CUGGGCUGACUUGGGGGUGGGCGUGAAGAACAAGAAUGUUGAUCUAGGUAGAAACGGUGCCUUCUGAGAGGAAGCGUUGUGUAGUUCUGUCUUCUCACAUUAAUAGACUGCUAAUUACUAUCUUUGUAGCAUCUUUCACUCCCUUGAUGGAGCCUGACUGGAAAUCGCCCCCUCUUCUCUGUGGGGCCACAAUGGUGAUUCCCCCACCUCUGCCUCCCUCCUCAUCUUGCUCAUCUUUUUGAAUAUCUCUUCCACCCCAAAUUCUAGUCAAAAUGAUUGCAGUUUUAUCUGUAGUUAGAGGGUUAAGCUUUGAACGUGUACCAACACCUUUAAAAAUAAAGCCCUUCUUUCACGUCUCUUUCCCCGGGUGGAGGCCGUCCCCAGAGGAAGGUGCACAGUCCACAGGCACCCACUUAAACCAAACCAAAGGCUGCGAAAUGGAGGAGCGGCUAUGGAGAGAUUAAUGGAGUGAAGAGCUCUGUUGCCUCCAAAUUAGUACCGAUGUGUUAUGUUAGUGAACAGCAUUCACCCAGAAUGCCAAUUUCAUCUGGAAAUACAGGAGGAAGAAACAAAAUGUGCAGAGCUUCUGAGGUCUCCAACAGAACAAUACAAAGCCUGCAGUGGCGUCUGGGACAACAUCACAUGCUGGCGGCCUGCCAACGUGGGAGAGACGGUCACGGUGCCCUGCCCAAAAGUCUUCAGCAAUUUUUACAGCAAAGCAGGAAACAUAAGCAAAAACUGUACGAGUGACGGAUGGUCGAAGACGUUCCCGGAUUUCGUCGAUGCCUGUGGCUACAGCAACCCGGAGGACGAGAGCAAGAUCACGUUUUAUAUUCUGGUGAAGGCCAUUUACACCCUGGGCUACAGUGUCUCUCUGAUGUCUCUUGCAACAGGAAGCAUAAUUCUGUGCCUCUUCAGGAAGCUGCACUGCACCAGGAAUUACAUCCAUCUGAACCUGUUCCUGUCCUUCAUCCUGAGAGCCAUCUCAGUGCUGGUCAAGGACGACGUUCUCUACUCCAGUUCGAGCACAUUGCACUGUCCCAACCAGCCGUCCUCCUGGGUGGGCUGCAAGCUGAGCCUGGUCUUCCUGCAGUACUGCAUCAUGGCCAACUUCUUCUGGCUGCUGGUGGAGGGGCUGUACCUCCACACCCUCCUGGUGGCGGUGCUCCCCCCCGGAAGGUGCUUCCUGGCCUACCUCCUGAUCGGAUGGGGCCUCCCCACCGUAUGCAUCGGUGCGUGGACUGCAGCCAGGCUCUACUUAGAAGACACCGGUUGCUGGGAUACAAACGACCACAGUGUGCCCUGGUGGGUCAUACGAAUACCGAUUUCAAUUUCCAUCAUUGUCAAUUUUGUCCUUUUCAUUAGUAUUAUACGAAUUUUGCUGCAGAAGUUAACAUCCCCGGAUGUCGGUGGCAACGACCAGUCUCAGUACAAGAGGCUGGCCAAGUCCACGCUCCUGCUCAUCCCACUGUUUGGCGUCCACUACAUGGUGUUUGCCGUGUUUCCCAUCAGCAUCUCCUUCAAAUACCAGAUGCUGUUUGAACUGUGCCUCGGGUCGUUCCAGGGCCUGGUGGUGGCCGUCCUCUACUGUUUCCUGAACAGUGAGGUAAGUUCAUGGCUGCCUUGGAACCACGUGCAGGUGCUCAGUUGGUUCCUGAAAUGCUGCCCAGCCUGCUGCCGUCGUCCCCACACGCGCCUGUCUUCUGUGGGCUGGACUCACUGCCCAGGCCCCCACAGUUCUCUGUGUCCCCAUCAGAGAACCCACAAUGACACAGGCAAACCCACUCUUCUGGGCCCAGCUUCCAAACCCUGCCUUCCCUCUGUGCACCCCAAGUAGCAUCGACUGCCAUCCCUCUCAGAGCCCUCUUGGGAAAGCUCCCAGCCGGGUCUAGACAGAAUCCGUUUUUCCCCAUGGACAGCGGCUUGCUCCUGCACAGCUUGUGAGUCCCAGAAAGCCCGGCUUGGGUUGGGGGGUGGGGCUGCAGAGCAUUCUGUGAGUCCCUGGGGACGAAGCCAGGAACCGAGCUCUGCCCUGCGUUCAUCCCCAGCCAGGGGUGCUGUCUCUGGGCUGCUCCAGCGGCCUCACCCCGUCCCCUGACCCCGACCCUCCCGCCCCACGCUGCGGUCGCUGACGCUUUCUUUGCUUGACAUGCACCUUUCACCAGCACGGCUUCUGCAAAGCUGAGCCUGUAUGGUGCCACUUGUCCUUCUCCCUCCUCUGCUUUCCGGGCACCCCUCACUCAUCCCCACCCCCUCCCAGGGCUAACAUUCCCUACCCGCUGGGAACAGGGAAGGAGAUGGAGGCCCAGCACUGUCA